AUGUCGAAUCCAACAACCUACGCUGCGAUUCCAGGAACUGUGGUUACUGCUCAGCCAACGGCUCAUGCGUCUGAAACGCAACCAUUUGCGAGACCAGCUCAAGAUCCACCGAAGCGCAAAUGCUCUUGCUGCCAGCCAUGCUGCUUUGUAGCCGCGCUUUGCGUGUGCCUCGUGAAAUUCUGCGGAGCCAUCUGCGACUGCGACGACGGAGACGAGUUUGAUGAUUAA